GAAUACGGCCACGGUAUCCCCUGCCUGUCGUAAGAGGCGACUAAAAGGGGACACACACAGGCUCAAGCAAAAAAUUGUAAAAGUAUGGCAAAUGUAUGAAACAAUGUAAAUGAAAAAAGGCGCGCAAAGGCCGAUACUAGCAUGCAGGUCUAAUCUCAUCAGGGGGUGUCUGGGACCCCUUCAACAAACAAAGGCAUGCCCAGUCUUCUACAUCUGUAGUCACUGGGCAUGUCCAAUUUUGUUAGAUCUGUAGUAGUUGAUUUUAUUUAUAUAUAAAGUAAUAUAUUACUUGUAUUAUGGAAUUACCUCCAGAUGAACAAAAUCUGGCACAGAUACUCGACAAAUUACAUGAAGAUGAGAUUAAGAUAGAAAAAAAUUUGGAAAAUAUACUAUCAAGACAAUGUUAUGUAGAAGCAAAAUUGCAAAAUAUAAGUAAAGUAUUACCUAAUGUUAAUAUAAUACGUACAGAAGCUGAAAAGUUUUGUAAUAUGAUUGCACGUACCAAUGAUUUAGCAGAGAAUGUUAGUGCCAAAGUAAGACAGUUAGACCUGGCAAGGAGCAGAGUAUAUGAAUGUCAAAGACGUGUUAAUGAUAUUCUUGAUUUACAAUUAUGCAGUGAAGGGGUAGCUAUGGCAUUACGUAAUGAAGAUUAUGAACAAGGAGCUGCACAUGUUCAUCGUUAUCUGUCAAUGGAUCAACAAUUAUUAGAAAGAACAGCUGAAGAUAUCUUAAUGGAUCAUACUAGUAUUAGUAGUUCUUUAAUCACUUUACAACAAGCUGCUUUACAACUUAGAACAGUGGUCACACAUAAAUUUGAUGAAGCAGUGAAGUCAGAAGAUCUGGCUUCUGUUGAAAGAUUCUUCAAAAUAUUUCCUUUAUUAGGAAUGCAUGUAGAAGGACUUAAAAAGUUUUGUAGUUAUUUAUGUACAAAGCUACAUGAAACAGCACAAAAAAAUUUGAAAGCUGCUUUGGAAAUUAAAAGUAAUGACAAAAGAGCAUCAGUCAUUUUUGCUGAUACUAUGACAUUAUUAUUUGAGGGAAUUGCUAGAAUUGUAGAAAUACACCAACCAAUAAUUGAAACAUACUAUGGUCCUGGAAGAUUGUUAAUGACAAUUUCUAUUCUCCAGAAAGAAUGUGACAGGCAAGCUAAGAAGAUUAUUGCAGAAUUUAUGAAACAUAGAUGUAUAUCUAAAAAAAUACAGAUGGUGAAUGAUCACCUUCGGAAACCAAGUUCUGAAAGGGGAGAUCCUAAAGAAUUUGAUUUGCUGCUAGGAGAAAUUACUAUAAUGCAUUCACGAGCAGAAUUGUACAUUCGAUUUUUAAGAAGAAGGGUUAAAAAUGAUACAGAAAUUAGUGUAACAAAUGAUGAACAAUUUAAAGAUUUAAUGAAUGAAUUUGAAAGUAUUAUCAGUAACUCUGAUACAGCGCGUGGAAUGCAAGAACUUUUGGGUGCUUAUCUUGCAUUAGAAAGAUACUUUCUUGAAGAAAGUGUUAGUAAAGCAUUGGGAAUGGAUACCUUAGAACAGGAUCAGCAAACAUCUAGUAUGGUUGAUGAUGUUUUCUUCAUAGUACAAAAGUGUAUCAGGCGUUCUAUGUCGAGUUGGAGUAUAGAUGGUGUCUGUGCGGUGGUUAAUAUGGCUUGUGGCAUUUUAGAAGGAGAAUUUGCAAAUCGAUUACGAAAUCGAUUACGACAAGGCUAUCCAGCUGGAUACUUAGAUUUGGCUCAAGCUUAUAGUGCCCUUCAAACAAGUAUUCAACAUGGUCGUUUACAAACUUCGGAUACAGAACUCGCUCGUUUAACGUUUCUGGCGUAUCUAAACAAUACCGACGUAAGUAUUGAAUAUGUUGAGACGCUAUGUAAGACCCUUAGUACAGAAAUAGAUGCCACAUUUCCUAAUAUGCAAGAUAAGGAUAGGGGUAAAAUCGACAGUUGUUUGUCUGGUUUGAAGGGCGUUAUGUCUAUUUUGCGAGCUGUUACAGAUUAUGGUUUAGAACAAUUACGUGUAAGCGCUAUUAAACCUAGAGUCACACCUUGGGUCGACGCCUUCUCAUCGAUAGAUCAUCACAUGAACGAGGAUGAUUUAUUAAGAUACGAAACGGAAGAACCUUUUGUACAAACUUUAAUCAUGAAUUUAGAUGGUUUGCUUCAAAGUUUUAAAGGAAGUCUAACAACAGCCAAUUACGAUGCGUUAAUUGGUCUUCUUACUGCUGAGGUUACAGCUCGUUUAGAGAAAGUUGUAUUAAAAUCGACUUUUAACAGAGCAGGGGGUCUUAUACUCGACAAAGAAAUUAGGUCAUUAGCAAGUUAUUUGGCUGCCUUCACUUCUUGGUCUGUACGUGACAAGUUUGCGCGGCUAACCCAAAUAGCUACAAUAUUAAGUGUAGAAAAAGUGGAAGAAUUAGCCGAUUACUGUGGUGCAGAUGCAAUAGCAUGGCGACUAACACCCGCGGAAGUUCGACGAAUAGCUUCUUUAAGAAUUGAUUUUCGCCCGGAAGAUAUAAAAAGAUUAAAACUCUAAUUCUCAUGUUAUUCGUAUUAAACUUACCCCUUAAUAAAUGUUUCGAUCCUAUUCGGAAGCAUCAAGAAUUAA